AAAAAACAUUGUUGUUGUUACUCUGCUUUUCAAAUGUAUAGCCGAAUUAAAAAUGUGAUGUAAAUAUAAUCUUGAGUUAUACAACCAUUAAUAUUUUCAUAAAAUGUUAUGAUGUAAAAGUAUUAGAACACAGUAUUACAUUUCAGAUUUACGUUUCCGGUUCAUACAAUUGAUAACAAUUUGACUUGUCUGUAAAACUGUCCUAGGACAAUGGAUUUGGAAAACAACAUUGGUGUUUAUGGCCUAAUAACUGAAUUAUGUGAGCGAUUUGCUGAGAAACAGAAUCCAUCUAAUGAUCAUCCUUACUUACCAAAAAAAGAUAAUACAAAGAUUGUGAAGAAACUUAGAUCACAAGCUUAUGGUAUAUUGCUGAAUAAGUGUUCUGAUGCAAAUAAAUUUAAUGUUAAGUGGAAGAAUAAACUUGGAGAUCCGAUAGUGGAAUUAUUAAAACAUUCAUACCAUUUAAGGAUUAGGAAAAAUGGGAUUUCUCGAGCAAAGAAUUUGGAAAAUGUUUUAGACAAGCUUAAUGAGGAAGAUAUUGAUUCAACAGUGUGCUCCAUUUUAUAUUUUUUGAUUGAACUAAGGAGUCUUGAGAACAAAGAAGAAUUUUCACUGAAUAUCUUUCACUAUGGAAAAGCAAAUCCUGUUUUACCAGAGAUCUGUUGGGAUGGAAAAGGAGUCAUGCCUUUUCAAACAUACCCUAUUGAAUCAUUUGUAUUACCAGAAAAGUUCGAAACAGUAUUAGGUAUAAAGGGUAGUAGUAUUAUACAAGAUUGCACAGCUGAACCUGGUAGCAAUCUUUCUUUUCUUGGCCAAUUUAGAUCAGCAACAAUGAUUGAAACAGAAUCUACCAGAAACGACAGUGCACCACUAUCAAUAAUGUAUUCUAUAUCGAGAGGAAACCUUGCACUACCAUCUGUAAAGGACUUCACGAUGGGAAUGCAUUUCCUCCCACAAAUUAUGGAAGACAAUGGUAAUCCCAAUGAAGAUUACCACAACGAGAAGGAAGAACAUUUUAGCGUGGAAGCAAAAUCCCUAUGGCCAGAGAUUACAUCCGUACAUACAGGCAUGGAGAGUGAAUCACAGAUAGAUCAAAUAGAGACAUUAAAUAAAAAUGAUUCUUAUCAAGAAUCAGAAGGAACCACCGAUCUAUUUAGUUCCAUCUCUGAUAAGGAACUUGAGACAGAAUGUAUUCCUAAUCAUCGCACAUGGGAAACAUUAGGCCAAUUGAAUCCACCAAAAGAGCCAAGAUUUUUAACAGAAACAAAGGAAGCUAUGUUACAUUUAGAAAAAAUCAGACUGGCGACGAUUGCUCCCCUUUUGCAAAAAAAUGCCUUGGAAUCACUGACAGAGAUAACAGAAGUUUCCAGCAAAGAAUUUCUAUCAAAUAUUAAGCUAUUGUUACUUGGGAUAGAGAGCGACAAUUUCCACUACAGUAACAUGUUUGGAUUUCAAUUGCAACAAAAUACUGUAAUCUCAGGAGUUAGUGCAGAGAUGCUACAAGACGUAUGCCGUAAGCCUAUCGAAUGGGGAAAUUCAUUCAGAGCUUUAUCAAUGCUAAUAACAUGCAAUCCGGAAACAGGAAAACUGCAAAAGGACGGUCUUAUUUUCAAGGCCAUGUGUAACAGCAUCAAGGAAUUCUUUUUAUGUUAUCAAGCGGCAGUUUUACGUAUUUCCGUUGACAAGAAUUCUGAGAGGCCAGGAGCAAUUUUGCAGGUCCUAGAUACUUUAGGACCUUUGGGUGACAUGAUUGUAGAAGUCGCUGUUUUGUGUAGAUGCGAUGACAAGAGCGACUCCAUGUUAGAAAAGGGUAUUAGCGUUCUGACCCACAUCUACGAAGAAGUGACAAAGGUCACUCAACCGGAUAUUGCUCUGAUCUUUUACUCGAUACUCAAGUCUUGCUGCGAAGUAUACUUUCGAUUUCUCCAAAGGUGGCUCUUUGAAGGAGUGUGCGAAGAUGAGUACGAGGAAUUCAUGAUACAGAUGCGACCACAGUACCUGCGUCAACGUGGACGUAAAUUCUGGACGAAGGGUUUUGGUAUCAAUACAAAAUCUGUGCCAAGGUUUUUAGAUAGUCUCACAGAAUCUAUACUUCAAUGUGGGAAAGCAGUGAGACUGCUGAAGUUAUGUGAUCCGAAGAAUCCUUUAUGUGGUGUCUUUGCUACUUCUCAUCCUGCUGUCAGGGUCUGUCUCAGUGUAGACCAGUUACGCGAACAGGCUAUGCAUUGCCAGGAGUACAUGACCAGAGGUCAGGAUGCAUUGGGUAAUGUGGUCUCAUUAUCUACUGCUUUUCAAGAUCAGAGAAAGGUCGAGCGACAACGUGCUGAGCUUGUAAGCAUCGCGCAACAGGAUACGUUACUACGUAUAAAGAGGGAGCGCGAGGAGUCUAUUAAAAUCCUGGCACAGAAUAAACGAGACCUUCUUGCCAAGCUUAAGAAUCAGGCUGAGGAAGCAGUACUACGUAAAGAAAAGGACAAGGAAGCUCAGUUGUUAGCUGACAAAUUAUUAGCUGAGAAAGUCAAUAGAGAACAGGAAGAGGCUGACAGGAUUAACUGUCUAGAAAAAGCAAAUAUUUUGAAUUAUUAUAAUGAAUUAGCUGCCGAAGCUGAAAGACGACGUGUUCGUGCAGAAUGGCGGAUCAAACGGAUGCAGCUGUUUGACAAUAGAAUUAUUGCUAUAUCUAGUGCAAGGCAUGAACUAUGGGAAAGUAAGGAUGAACCACUCACAGAGGCCAUUAACAAAUCAGAUAUGAUCCAGACUGAUGAGAAUGAUAAACAGGAAAUCAUUCGAGAAGAAGAGGUGGAGAGUGUUAGACCUGAAAAACCGGAAGUUGAUGCAGAAGUCAAUAUACAGCUUACUGACUUCGGCACAGAACCGUCUGAUCGCAAUGCUAACACUUGUCCGGAUGAGAAUAGUAAUCUUGAUAACACCAGAGUGUCUAAUAACAUAUCAUGUAUCUUAGACAUAAGUAACAAGACGACAGAUUUGGAACCUGCAGUCAAUACCUCUACGAAGGAUGACGUCAAAUUCCACCCCGAUCAUAAGAGUACUAUGGAAGUUCAUCAGUCCGUCUCUAUAAAGUCACCACGUCCCACUGUCUUAGAUAUUACACCAAUAACUCUUUCAAUUGAACCUGUAAAUCAACAGAUGAAUCCACAGAAAGAACAAGCCUUGCAACGCAACAGAGCUAAAAUGAUGUUACAUACAACAUUCUCAAGCUGUGAUUAUGAUCAACAGAACAAGAACAAUGCUGACGAUCAGUUUCAUGAUAUACCAAUAGCUCAAACUGAGAAGCUCGCUAAUCGUCUCAGAAACACUAACAGCUCUGUCCAAUUUUCAGAUGUUAUCAACAUUAUGGAUGUAAAUAAUGACUUGAUGGCUAACAGAUUCGAAUUUUUGAAACUUAGGAAUGCCGAUAACAUGACGGACUUGCAACGUAAUCGAUUGAAAGUCCUACAACAGGAAUAUAGCUUGACACCAAACAACAAUGAAGGCAACUUGAUCUUCUUGGAGAAUGAUAUACAAAGGAGACAGAAUACAGAGAGGAUAGAUGAAGUACAUGAAGCCAGUGAUGUGAGUACUGAACAGGUAAACCGUCCAGGUCAAGUAUCAUCUUUAAAUAUCCUUAAGGAUGAACCUCAACCGAGGUUUAAAACAACAAGGUUCACUGAAGCUCAAAGAAACCGUGCUAGAGUCAUGGAGCAGGAAUUUUACAUCUAUGGAACUGGUACAGUGGAGAAGACAAAUGAAGCAAGCAGUGCAGGAAGUAGUGCUGGAACACCAGCACUCACUAUGAGCUUUAGUACAACGUACCACGACGCUUUUGAUGGAACGACGCCUAUGUCAUGUACCACUGACAAUUUUCCAUUGUCAAUGAGCAGUAGCAUGUCUCAAAUUCCACCCUACAGUGACACACCUCUGUCUGAAAUUGGUAGUGAAGUUCCAUCUAUUAUUGCAACUGCGGAAAUACCAACUGGUGAUAUUUCUAGCUCUCAUGUCACUGAGUCUGGAUUUAAGUUUCCACAAAGGACUACUAUCUAUCCUAAUUUUGUGGGAUUUGGUUCAGCUGCUUUGACACCAACCUCUGAAUCUACAUUGACAGCUGCUGACGUAGAGAUGAUUGACAACACUUCUCUCCAGGUGUACCUUGAAAAAUCUGUUAUGAUUCCGUUGCGAAUUCAAAGUCAUCUUGUCAAUGAUGCUCUUAUUAAGUAUUUACUGUGUGAGCAUAAUAUGCUUUCUCACAUGACAAGCUUACGCAGUUACUUUUUCCUGUUGAAUGGAGAGUUUGCAAAGAGUUUAACCAACUCUUUGUAUACUGGACUCUACUCUACUUCGGUAUCUAUGGAGUUACUUAACUCUGCUACCCUGACUAAUAUCCUCGAGCGUGCACUGAUGAGUUCUUUGAACAAUAGUUAUACAAACUCUGAAUUUCUUAGUCUCUCAACUGUGGAUGUCCCACCGAGAUUCCUGUAUUCUGAUCCUGAUGCUCUUGACUGUCUCUCCCUGAAUUACAAAAUAUCCUGGCCACUAAAUAUUAUCCUAGAUGAGAACUCGAUGCUUCAGUACACUAAGGUUUUUAAAUUCCUCAUAUCAGUCGGACGUGUUAUUUGGGUUCUGCAGGAAGACUUUCACAUCUUAAAGGUGGAGCGUAAGGCUAUGAACUCUAAACAGUAUCACAAGCUCCAGCUGUACAGGCAUGCUAUGAUGCAGUUUGUCAAUGCACUUCAUAAUUAUCUAACUUGCAGCGUUCUGCAUGCUAGUUGGAAUGAAUUUGAGAAAGAUCUGGAACAGGCCAUCACUUUAGAUCAGGUUUAUUACACACACGUGAGCUACAUCAAAAAGAUUUUGUCAAGGUGUAUGCUAAAUGCUAAUGGUGCUAAGAUGCGCAGCAGUUUGCGCAGUAUUUUUAAGGUCAUAUUGAAAUUUCAUAAUCGAGUUCGUUCACAAAAUUGGAUUCGCGAACCGAAUGGUUACAUGCAUCCAAAUUAUGAGAAACUCGAGCAAAUGUAUGAGAGUUUUUGUGAACUAAGGACGUAUCUAGCAUACGUGGCUGACAGAUUUGCAAGUAGCGGUUAUCAGCCGCAUCUGGUCCAUUUUCUAGAUGCCCUUAAUAUAAAUCCUCUUUUUGAUAUGACGAUAAAAAAAACUUAAUUCAAGAAUUCUCUCUUUGUAUAGUUAAGAAUCUCUAACAUGCCAUAUUGAGCACAAUAUACUUUAAACAAGUUACUCUUCUAUAAUAGUGUGCCACCGUUAUGAAACUUUUUGUUAAGAUAAACCAUACAAAACAACAUUUGCUUGAUGAUAUCUUGUUGUUAUAGUACAAUGUAACAUUGCAUAUUAUAGACAUUGUUGAAGAUUAUUUUUGCAGGCACAUCUAUUCUUCUAUACUUUUAUUGUUGCACUUGCUUUCAAAGUUACUUUAGCUAUUAAUAUUGUUAACUGUUGAUUCAGCAAUGAAUAUGUAUUUGCAAAAUAAGAGUACUAAGUUCCUUACAAGAUGCACGCUUAUGAAAAGGAAUGCUUUGUAAUCUAAACCAAAUUUGAUUAAUCUAUUCCGAUCUCAUUUGACAAUAAUAAUAAGCAUUAGAAGGUCCAAUGGAUUAGCGUUCAUAAUUGAUUUCUUUUUUAUCCUUUUAAUGAUUUUAUAAAUUUGUAAAGGUCAAGUACCAGACAUUAAUUGAUAUAUUGUAUAAUAAAAUAAUUCAUUUCACCCUCUA